AUCAAGCUUCAGCGAAUACAGCUAUAUUAAUGUGCGCAUGCCCAGCAGCCACAUAACGUUAACGUUAGACUUAAACACGAAAAUCCUAGAAAAUGGACACAUACGUGCUUUACCACAGAAACAAAAGAGUGACGCUUAAAGAAGAUGAUAUGCGUGCUGAGAAGAUUUCACGAAUAUUUCAGGUCACCUGUGACAGCCUUUAUUUGACAGAUGAUUCUAAUGUUGCGAUUUUCCCAAAUGCUGAAGGGUCUUUCAGCACGAUUGACUUGACCCUCAGGGCACAUUAUGAAGUCCAUGGUGACAGUGUCGAGACCCCACAAAACUCUCCUUCCACGUCAGCAUUUACUUCAAGUCCAGGUCAGCGGCAUUUCUCUUUCGCCAGGCCAGGGACAUCUGGAUCGAUUUUCCCAACAACACCACGUGCAAACCGAACUUGGACAAGAGCAAUAAAUGUUGCAGAAGUGGUCGAUGGAAAACCAGUUCCAAAAAGCGUUGUUGUUGUAAAGUUCUCUGAAGCUGAGGCCAAUGUUCCGGGCAUUGUUGCGAAGCUUCAGGCUGACCUUAGGGCUUCAGAAUCCCCUGUACUACUGGAUUCCAACUGGAAUGAAAUAAUGGAUUCAGAAGGAACACGAGGUUCCCAGUAUUGGAGACAAAACUCCAGAAAAAUUAACGCGAUGCUCAUAAGCCAUUUUUCCAGGCUUCAACACAGAAGAAAAAGGAUGAGGGAAGAAGAUUCUGGAUUGCAGGAUAUUCUGGAAAAAAUCGAGGAGGUGUUAGAGGCAUCUCAAGGUCUAGAGAGUGUCUCUUUCAGACUCAGAGAGCUCACCACCCUGACCACAAGAGAAAGAAGUCAAAUCAACAUGCAGCAGGCAUCACAGCUCAAGGAGGCUUUUACCUGCCUUGUUUGUAGAGAGAUCAUCAAUGAGCCAGUGCUGUCGCAAUGUUGCCGGAGCAUAGUUGGAUGUAGAGUCUGUAUUGAAGAAUGGGCAUUAACCUCCAACCAGUGUUUGAAAUGCAGAUCUGAGUGCUCUCUACUUAACAUAAUUCGGGUGGCUGGUCUGUCAACAGUUCUCGACGUGGUAAAAGAGUUAGUCUGAAACUGAAAUGUGUUUUAUAAU